CACGAAAGGUGCGCUGGAGGCGAAGGGAAUGUCGAAAGCGGCUGGCGGCGUCGAGGUCUUUCUCGGAGGAGGGAACACUCGCAGGUUUUCUCGCUCUCUCCCUUUUUUUGUUCCUCAUUGCCGCCGGCUGACGAGGGAUGCCGGCAAUGCAGCAGCUCUCCCGCGGAAAGGCAAAAUUGCAUACAUCGCAGAGCGUCACUUCACUCGCUGCGCGGCCACGUCGGAUGCAACGCCGGCGCUCCCGGAGUCCCAGCGACGUUUUGCAUCGCUUGGCCUGAAUACUAGGCGCGAACUCGGCAGUGAAGCGCUGCCCAUCCGGGGUGUCACAGUCGGACGAUACUGUCGGCUGCUAAGCGGCCCGUACAGUGAUUCCCUCUUCGUGACGUCUGCGGCCACUGCGACCAGAAUCAUGCAAGCUUCGCACCUGGUGAGCCGGUUCACGGUCUGGGACUACGUGGUGUUCAGCGGCAUGCUGUGCGUCUCAGCAGCGAUCGGCAUCUACUACGCCGUGAUGGGCGUCCGCAGAAAGGCCACCACCGACGACUUCUUGAUGGGCGGCCGCAGCAUGAGCGUCUUUCCCGUGGCGCUUUCCAUCCUGGCCAGCUUCAUGUCAGCCAUCACGCUGCUCGGCACAGCCUCCGAGAUGUACAUCUACGGCACGCAGUACCUGUUCAUUAUCUUCUCCUACUGCCUCGUCAUCCCGGCCACGGCGUACUUGUACAUGCCCAUCUUUUACAGCCUGCAUGUCACCAGCGCCUACGAGUAUCUGGAGCUCCGCUUCAACCACGUUAUUCGAGCCAUGGGGUGCAUAACGUUCUCCUUACAAAUGCUCAUAUAUAUGGCAAUUGUGCUUUACGCACCGGCACUUGCACUUUCCCAAGUGACGGGAAUCAGCGUAUGGACGUCGGUGCUUUCCAUAGGCAUUGUAUGCACCUUCUACACAAGCAUUGGAGGAAUGAAAGCUGUCGUGUGGACGGACGUGUUCCAAAUAUGCCUCAUGUUCGGCUCGAUGCUGAUGAUCGCCAUCCGCGGGGCAUACGACAUCGGCGGCAUGAAGGUCGUCUACAACAGGGCCUCCGACGGAAACCGAGUCGAAUUCUUCAACUUCAGCUUAGACCCGACUGAGAGGCACACCGUGUGGGGCCUCAUCAUCGGCUGCUUCUUCACUUGGAUGUCGGUGUACGCAGUCAGCCAAGCGAUGGUCCAGCGAUACCUCACCGUGUCCACCGUCAAGGGCGCGCGAAUAGCCAUCUGGAUCAACCUUCCUGGCCUGGCGUUUUUGAUGUUGAUAUGCGCGCUGGCCGGCCUCGUCAUGUACGCCAGGUACCAAGAUUGCGACCCGCUGCUCACCAAGAAAGCGACAGCUCCUGACCAGCUACUUCCUCUCUAUGUAAUGGACAUCCUGGGAAGCCUACACGGAAUUCCUGGCCUAUUUGUUUCGGGUAUAUUUAGCGGCGCUCUGAGCACGGUUUCGUCGGGCGUAAACUCUCUAGCUGCCGUCACGCUCGAAGAUAUUAUCAAGGGAUACAUCAAGAGAGACAUGAGCGACCGCUAUGCUACGAAUCUCACGAAGAUGAUUGCCAUGUCGUACGGCCUGGUCGCCAUUGCUCUCGUCUACGGAGCGCAAAUGAUGGGCAACGUUCUUCAAGCUGCACUCUCCAUCUUCGGAAUUGUCGGCGGACCGCUUCUGGGUGUUUUCACGCUGGGCAUCUUCUUCCCCUGCGCCAACAGCAUUGGCGCCGGUGUAGGCACUAUCACCUCGUUGGUGGCUUGUUUCUGGAUCGGCUUCGGUGCUUUCGCCGCGAAGCCAGCGGUGCGCAAGGCCCCCGUAUCGGUGCUCGGAUGCAUCGGCGACUACCUGAACGCCACGGGACAGGAGAUUAACAACAUCACCUACCCGAGGCCUGUCGACGUUGCUGCCGUCAAUAAAGACAUCCUGGUCAUCUAUAGGAUUUCGUAUGUCUGGUACAGCAUGAUCGGAUGCGUCUUAGUUGUCGUCAUUGGGCUCAUCGUCAGCUUGUUCACAGGAUACACUAGACCGAGCAAGGUGAACCCGCGGACGAUCCACCCCAUCUACAACUUCCUCUGCGGAGUGAUGCUGCCAUCCUCCCUCCACGGCAAAUUCAUGGUCAAGAGUGCGGACGAGUACGAGGUCGAGCACAUGAUCGAGCUGGGAAGAUCGAAGAAGGCCUAUCUCGACAUUUCUUCCGGGGGAAAAGACAAUGCGGGCUUCGCCUCCAGUGACGAGAAGCCCAGCAUCAACGGCCUCGUGGCACCGGCCGACUCCUCCAAAGCAACGGUGAACAGCGUCGCUACGAACGGCAGCAUCGUUCAUCGACGCUCUAUGCCAGGCGUCGUCACUUCCAGCCCGGAAAUGAUCGCCUUUCGCCCAGUCACGAAUGAGUACUGGCAAGCGCCAUCGACAAAUAGGGACGUCGCAAAUGCUUACUCGAGCGAUGCUUCGGCGAUGGCUUGCGCAAAAUCUGCGCCCCCUGCGCUCGAUCAGCAGACAGCUGGAAAUGCGGCCGUAAGCACUGCCGAGGACGCCAAAAAGCGGAUAAAUGUCGACUCAACGGGACUUUCUAGAGCGCCUUCGGCAGGCCGAGAUACGCGCACGAAAAGCGAAUCCGACGAUCCCGACAAAAGCCCGGUGACCACGAUCAGGGAGCCCGGAUCAGUCGAUUCGUCCCCAUCCCAUAGCGUCCACAGGUCGCGACGCUCCGGGUCUUCUAGGAGGGAGAAGCAUCGCCGGACGAGGCAUUCCUCGUCACCAGACUCCAGGCGCAGGCCCUCGCCGCCGAAGUGUGAACCAGCGGGCAAUGAAUCAGCGACAGCAUUCUGAACAUUUUGUCAUUUCCUCCGAAUCGUGAUGGUAUGCGCUGGACGCACUGACAGUAUGCUAUACAUGUUAAACCCGAGUCGCACUUUCACAUUUCGGGCAGCAGGUCACAGUGGCGGUCGCCUGUAUUCGUCGUAUUUUACGGCUUGGACUACGCCGGCGACGAGUUUUGAGAGCAAUGCGAUUGUUAUAUGACUGACUUGGAAUGCCCGAUCGUAACUGUGACGUUAGUUUUCGCAAGAUGAAAGGGCGCCGAGCUAUUUUACUCGCGCAUCCGGAGACGGCGCAAACAACUAUUCCUGCUUGCAGCCUGGAAACCAAGAGCGCUUGCAGGUUCAAUUUUCAUCCAAUCGCCUCCUACUUGUUGUUCUGUUGAUUUGUUCAUUGUUGUGCCUCAGUCAUACGCAAUAAUACAAUUAUUGUAGCCGAAAAUUGCGUCAUAUGGUAACGAAAUUUUCUGCAACCUCACAAAGUUCGCUGCGUUUCAGCGGCGUAAAAGUACAAAAGAAAACGCAUUAUUAGAUGGGCGCUGUGUUAAAAUAUACGUUUGCGGCGUGUUGUAUACUUGGAGUGACGUUAAAUUCGAAUAAAAUGCACAGAAGUCCAAUUACUUUCAGUAAACAGUGUGAUUUGACGGCCCAUCGCUGAUCCUCCUGUGGACUGUCCGCAUCAUCUUGCGGAGUGACUCUAACGAGAAGCUGCGAUAACGUUAGAAAAUAGUUACGUUCACGCUGUGCAAAUAGAACAUAACGUAUAAUCGCAUCAUAGUGACGAAGCAAGCCUCUCUGUUACGUCGCAUUCGCACGGGUCAGCACGUACACCAGCAUGGCUCCACGAGACCAUUUUCCGCGACGCAACUGUGCCCGGCCUGCAAGACCUGCGGUGACAUCGAACACUACUUGCUUAAGUGCGGUGAACUUGAGAAAGCUCGUCAAUGUUUCCUUGAAGCACUGCAACGUUUAGGCUCGCCAUACAACAGUGUAAAUGGUAUCGCGUUUCCGCGUGGUCACUGGACAUUCAGGAAGGAGGUGUCGCGGCUAAUUUUGAAUUUUUUAAACGUUACAGAUCUCGCAUGUCACUGGUGAUGAGUGACACUUAUGUAGGGGCGUGGUGUAGUGAUAUGGGGGUCCGGCAAAACACUGUAUGCGGGAUAGCUCAUAGGCCGCCGGCAUGGGCAUUUUUGCGUAGCGCUACGCGCGACUUCUUGGUAGUCUGCCUGCGCUUACUCGAAUAUAAUCUCAAAGGAGGAAACCGGGCGGGGCAACUGCCUGCAACUCUCGCAAGGCUAGAUCCGCCGGCAACCUACAACAUCCUCCUCCGCCUUCUCCUCCUCAUCAUCAUCAUUGAACGGGUAAGGAAUACAAGAUCACACAUUUGCACAUGAUUUUACGUGGAUUUACACAGGCUUUUAAGUUGACGCCCAUCCGAGGACAAAGGAUGACGACCAUCAGUAACUCAUCGUGGCAAUUCAAGGAACUGACGUCACAUUUGGACUCAUCUGAGCGGAUGAUAAGGGCCGCAACCACAGGCGCUUCUAAGCUCAACGAGCGAAGCCAAAUGCGUUCUCAACAAAUCGCUUCGCGAACUCGCUCGGUACACUGCCGAGAAAGGCAUACCGUUUGGUCUUGUGGGCUAUGUUUAGCGAGCGGCUUCGAUGAAGGUUUAACACACUGCGUUAGUGCUUGGUACAUGGCCAGGGAACUAGCGACGUGCUCAGCUUUUCGAACGCGAGUGUUCGUUGUGCACGCCGAUCACGCGCGAAUGUGUCGUACUACCUGCUGGCGUGUCUCUCUUUGGCCGAACUCGGUCAGUUUCAUAUAAUCCCGCCUACGUAGCUAGCUUUCUGCGGCACUUAACGUAGUAGCAUUGUUAUUUGACGCCAUUGCAACGGAAGCAGCAGGCGGCGUGCAAACAUCGCUGUUGUACGCUUAAACUGCACGCGGGAGGCCACGAGAUGUCAUAGGCCAAUCCGACGCAAAAAAAAAAAAAAAAAAUCGAUGUGGCAAAGCUGCAUUGUUGCCCAGAUCGUCACAACAAAUAGCUCAGAGAAUGGCGAAAUGCGCCGUCGCAUGGGGAUGCUAGAAAAACUAGCUUUUCGUGACGUCAUUUCCAUGACAUACCUGCACGCGAGAAAUUCUUGGCGGAGUCCCGCAAAAGCUACUUUCUCGUUAUAAUUGUAUGUAAAUACGCACAAAUAUGCGGCAUUGCAUGCAUGUAAGUGUUAUUUUUGCAGUGUUAUGAUUAGAGGCCGGAUUUUUAGGCCCUAAAAAAGCUCGUUUUAGGCGCCAAAAAUAGGCAGGCAAGACAAUGUUUUAGGCUUCCAAAAUCGUAAAUAUAGGCACAAUAAAUUUUCACAUAAAUGCAAAUAAUUUCAAACGAAGACGUGCGCGACCUCUAUCUACGACAGGAAAACAAAAAUGUUAUUGCUUAAGAUGGCACAAAGGCGCCAACAUUUGAACAUAGCGUGCGUUGUCCCGCACGGUUCGCACUCCCGUGUUCUGCAGAGUGAGUCAUGUGUCCACUGUCGAAUCAGCACAUUCCUGGCUGUCUUUCCGGCAUUACUGAGAAGUGCAGAGCAGGAGCAGACAGCCAGAUUGCUAAAAGACCAGAAGGGAGGGAUUCCUCCUAUUGGCCGGGUCGAAUUGCGUAGAGCCAAUUCCUCCCCUGGCAGUGAACCACUGGCGUAGCCAGGGGGGGGGGUUUCAACCUUCUCCUCUCCCCCGAAACUUUUCAGUUUUGCGUGUGCGUAUAUACACGCACACAUACAAACAUACAAACGCAUGCACGAACAUAUAUAAAGUAUGGUUGUCAACUGCCCCCCCCCCCCCCUGAAAAAUAUUUCUGGCUACGCUACUGCAGUGAACGCCUUAAAAAGUAAAUUACAAACAAAACAAAAGCUGCGUGCAGUUCACAUUUUUCUUUUCUUUUUUUUUUUUUUUUUUUUGCUCUUCACUCUCCACUGACGGCUCUCCGCGGUUUCGCAUUCGCCAACCGCUCGGGCCACGUCAGCGCGGCGGCAAAUGCUCGCCGUCGUGUCCCGCUUCACUGCUGACAGCGGUUGGUUGGUUGACCUAGAGGACUAGAGUUGGUUGAACUAGAGGACUAUAGGUUGAACCCCAUAGUUCCCAACAGUCAAUCUUACGCGGUAACAUGGAUAGUGGUCUCAAACAGCACCCGGGAGCGAAACUUGAGGCUAAAUAGCGUUCAUAUAAGCGCUAAUUUUGAAAAUAGGCAUUUAUAGGCAUUUGCAAGCAUUUAGGCACGAAUGCCAAAAAUAGGCAUUUAUAGGCACUAUAAAAACACUAUAAAAGCCCUUCUUAACCUCUAAUUCAUGCUCAUAUGCCAAAAUGGCGCGAUAGGAGCGCAGGGAACAAAAUAGGCAUUUGCCUAAAAUCCGGUCUCUAGUUAUGAUUUAUUUUUCUCAUAGUUUCGUUAUUUUUGUAUACAGCAGUGUUUAGCUCAUUUUAUUUUAAUAUACUUUUGUUGUUUUGUUCUUUCCUUUCUUGGCCAUUUUUACUUUUAUUUGCUUUUUCUUUCCUGUUCAUAUUCCGUGAUAAUUUUACUUCAUUUUCUGCGCCCUUUAAUUUCAAACCAUUGUUAACGUCAAAAAGCAUUACCACCUGCAUGGGUUCCUGUUUUCUGUGUAAGACAUGUUUAUCGGAAAUCUCACCAUGAAACGCUUAAGGCUACAGCUUCGCCAACAAUCUGUUGAUGGUGUACCAUCGAAAUGACCAUCCUAAAGCAAAGAAAUGUGCGGCGACGACCGUAAGCUAGUGGGAAGCCCAUUUGACAGAAUGUCAAAUGGACCUGCGGAGAGCGAUGAUGAGGGCGGAGCAGCGAAAGAACCAUCUCGUGUACGUGAAAGGGUAUAUAAUUGAAGAGAGUGCAAUGACGGUAGACCAGUGGAAGGGUCAUCCAAGCCGUGGCAGUGGUCAAGCAGAGCACCUGAUUUCAAUUCGGGAAGUACUAGGCUCGAUUGACGCCUGACAUUUACCAGUUUUCCUAAUGGGAAGAGAAGUGCCUCAACCUGGAGCUCGGUGGUGUCGGCACAAAUCUCGAGAAGGUGGACUGCCUCUUCCGUUCUCAUUCACUCCGCUUCCCCUCCCGAGCCACCAUGACGCUGUGCUACGCUCCCUUAUUAGUUGCAGAAGUAAGCAUCUUUCUAAACCUCAAACCAUCAUCAAGGUGGCGGUGGAAUAAUCUGAACGAGGCCGCCGCGCUUCGAAAUUUUUGGUCGUCCAUUACGUUUCUUUCGGCAGAUGACGCGGAUCAUUGAGGAUGGUGCGCAUGAAGUCAGUGGUGUGCGUAAAUUCAGAGGUGUAAUCAGGACUGGACGUGAAACAAAAGGAAUGUGGGAUGCCAUUGGGCGCUCACGGGAAGACGACAAAUGAAGCUGUAAGGGGGAUAUGGGAUAGACAAGUUUUGAGGUGAGUGAAGCUCAAAGGAAAGUGAGGUUCCAAAAGAGGCUAAAGAAUGUGAAGGACAAUACAUGGGCAGAGGAGCUGUUCCGGUAUAUGUAUAGGAAGCUCGUUGAUUCACAAAGAACUAGGUGGCUCACCAGCAAGUAUACGGCUGGCAGCGUGAGAGAUAUGGUAACAAAUGGCGUUAAGCGAAAAGUGAGAGAGGAGGAGAAGAUUUAUCAGAGAGCAGCGAUGGGGGAAAGGCCGACUAUGAGUAACUACCGAAAGCGUACAGGCGAAAUAAGAAGGGAGGCAUUUUAUGACAACUCAAAAGGAAGCGCUUUACUGUUCGAAGCGAGGUCGGGUGGCCUUAGAAAGCGUAGUUAUCAAUUAAGCGAGAUUCAGCAAAGAAGAAAAACUAUGUACUUAAUACCGUGGGAAUGCUAAGGAAACGAAGGAGCAUGUUUCAUCUGAAUGUGAAUAUAUUCACCCGUCUGUAGAAAGCAAGCGCGCGAGGGGGAGGCAGCAAGUUUAGUUAGGUGGGCAGAUGAAAGAAGUUCGCGGGGAUAACAUGGCCACAGCAAGCAAAGGAGCGGGUUGAUUGGUGAAAUAUGGGAGAGGCAUUUGCCCUGCAGUGGGCGCAGUGAGGCUGCUGCUGCUGCUGCUGAUGAUGAUGAUGAUGAUUAUGAUGAUGAUGAUGAUGAUGUAUAUGUUUGGGCACUAACCUAAGGGAAACCUUGGACUUUGGAAACGCCACUCGAAAUGCAGACACGUCCAUGGUAGCAAUAAUCACCGUUUCGCCUCAUGAGAGGAAGAAUGAAUGCGACAGCAACAAAUUGCAAUGUUAUACGAAGUAAGGCUAGCAGCUAACACUUUUGGAUUUGGUCUCGCGUAACUCUACAAAACGCUGUUGUAAGGGAAUACGGCCGGUCCAGGGAGCGAAGUGGUUUUCAUGCUGUCUGUCGUCUCAACGCGAAGUAAGCUGUGAGAGCAGAGCACGUGAAAGGGUAUACGAGCUGUCUACUGAUGUCUGUCGAGAUAGCGCGCGCGCCAGCGCUCGCGAACACACUUCUAUUACGAAAACACUUGUCGGUUUCAUUGCACAAGCUGUGUGCUGGAUCUUGGUGUAUCUUGAAGUAAGGAGUUUAUAAAGCGCACUGGAAAGUUCAGUUCUUAGUACGAGGGCUCGUUAGUACGGUCUGGCCCGAAAUUUCAACAGCCCGCGAUCAGUAUAUCUGCGCGCGCAUUGCCGUGACCGCCUAUAUGUGCGAAAUUGCACAGUUCAUUCACAUUUUCAGAAUGUCAGUGCAGAAAGCAAGCCCUCUUACCUUAAAGCUGUGCUUGCUGUUGCAAUUCCACUUUAUUUUCUUCCGCUGUGUUUUUUUCAAUUCCUUUAUUUCACUCAGAAAGACGUACUUACUGCGUCACGUAUGCAAUGGAUGACGUCACGGGCAAUCUUGCGCCUGCCUUUCAUUAAGCAUGUAAGUUGCAU